ACCUCAAUAUAGCGGUGCAGGCUGUUGUCACACGUCCCUAGCUGUUAGACUUUCUGACUGCUUCCUCCAAGAGUCGCGGUCUGGUGUUAACCAGGAUGACUGCAUCACCGCGUGAUGCCUGCCGUCACGAGCUAUCUACCCUGCGAGCAGCGACUCCUAACUGCGGUAUCUUAGAAGAAAUCGAAGAAGAGGAUGAUAAUAUGCUUAUCAAAUUACAAAGACCUCGUUUGAGAGAGGAGUUUCUCAAUACCCUUGAAGAACAUACAUCCGAUAUUCGUGGUAUUGUCUCUGACCACCUGUCACUCAGCCAAAUUCAGCAGUGCAGAAUUUCAGACAGGUCCCAAUGGUUAUAUGGCGAUUUCAACGCUUGCAUCCCAAUAACCGUCACCAACUGGCGGGAACAACGACUUCUACUGAGAUGUCCGUUUCCGUAUAUGGUCGGAGACGUAUCCGGACUGGACGAGAAAGUUCGAUGCGAAGCCGCUACGUUUGCCUGGAUAUCAAUUAAUUGUCCUCAGGUCCCUACGCCCAGGCUAUGGGGAUUCGGACUGCCUGAUGGCCUAAGUUUCAAGCCUAUCAGAUGUUUACCAUGGUAUCGACGAACCCUUGAAUAUCUCAAGAACUGCUUUUGGUCCUGGGUUUUACGAAGGCCAUAUUAUACUCCCUUUAUUCCGACAAACCCACGGUAUUCAUUAAAGUCGGGUUAUCUCCUUGUAGAUUUUAUUGAGAAAGAACACGGGACUAUACUUUCUAGUAUAUGGCCGCCAGAUUCAUACGAACAAAAGCAAAACUUCUACAAGAGUCUAUCGAAAGUGAUACUGGAUUUGGCGCGCUGCCCCUUGUACAAAAUUGGCUCAUUCACUAUCGAUAACUUCGGUGAGAUGAGCCUCAGCAAUCGCCCAUUGACCGCUCGGCUUCCUCUACUCGAAUGCGAAGAUAUACCUACCAACAUUCCACGGGAUCGAUGUUACACUACCACGGAUUCAUACCUCCAUGAUCUUCUCGAUUGUCUCGACAUGAAGCUAAAGCAUCAACCCAAUUCAAUCCACGAGUACAGUGACGGCGAGGAACAAAUGGCUUGCCUCACCACGUUGCGUUCGAUUUCUCGUCAUUUUGUUCUAGAAGAGUUCCAGAACGGCCCAUUCUACUACGUUUGGACAGAUCCCCAUCGAAGCAACAUCUUCGUCGAUGAAUCAUACAGGAUCACUUGUCUCCCAGAUCUCGAAUGGUUCUGCGCUCUGCCAGUUGAGGCACUACAUCCUCCUUUCUGGCUGAGUGGGCAUCCCAUUGAUGAUAUCGUGGAUAACAAAAAAGAGUAUGAUGACAUGUGUAUGGAAUUCAUGACGAUUCUUGAACGCGAGGAUCACCACUACACUGUUCAAGGUUCUCGAUCUUGUAGCAAGGCCAUCCAAAAAGCUCUCGGCAAGGGCACACAGUGGUUCUGGGCGUGUGUCAGCCAGCCUGGUGCGACAUUCCAUCUAUUUUUCGACCACCUGCAGCCUCGAUACGCUCCGACACAUUGGGACGGACCCGAAUUCCGAAGCAUCAUCUCUCGAUACUGGAUUGAAAAUGCGCCCAGAUUCAUUGAGCAAAAGCUUCUUGAACAUGAACACUAUCUUGGAGCCCUUAGGGUCGCAACCUCAACGGCAUGAUACGCUGAGUCGGUGUGAAUGUCAUACAACACUGGCUCACUUUUGCUCUGCCUCCUGGCGGCGCUUUCCUUCUCUCUCCUCCCUAGCCUUCUUAUUCUGCGCCCUCUUUUUCUUGACCGACUCGACCGAUGACUCUAUUUGCUCUUGAGUUUUGCUCUUGACAGGUUGUUCGGUGGCAAUGGCAACUGAGCCACUGUGGCCAGAGUAGGUGGAAGAUGUAACAGAUUUGUGUUUGACUGUGUCAUUUUGUGAAGUCAUCGUUUGAGGUUGUUUUUCUAUAGGUGUUUUAUCGGGUUUGAAAUUACGGGUUCAAGCACAUCUUCCAAGUGGGCAUUAAAUACCUUUCGUCUCUUUCAUAAUAUCGAGUGGCAGAAGAUUAGUCGCUUUGCCUCAAGGUGCAGUGCUUGUCGCGACUGGAUAUUGCUUUGAAACCAGUGCUGAGCGGCUUGCCGCUGCACAAUGUUUAAAGAUCAUGCUGAC